AUGGCUGAAAAAAGAAAACUGCUCAAUGAAAUUGAUAAAUGUUUCAAAAAGGUAGAAGAAGGAGUAGAAUUGUUUGAAGAAACAAUGGCUAAAAUGCAAGAAGCAAAUAGUGAUAAUCAAAGAGAAAAGUUCCAGGAUGAUUUAAAAAAAGAAAUUAAAAAAUUGCAAAGGCUCAGAGAUCAGAUUAAGGGUUGGCAAAAUUCAUCUGAUAUCAAAGACAAAGAUAAAUUGAUAUCUUAUCGGAAAUUAAUUGAACAGAGGAUGGAGCAAUUCAAAGAUAUUGAGAGGGAAAAUAAAACCAAACCUCACAGCAAACAGGGUUUGUCUGCUGAAGAAAAGCUUGAUCCACGAGAAAAAGAAAAAGCGGAGACUGUGGAAUGGUUGCAGUGUCAAAUAAGAUAUAUGGAAGAUGAAGCAGACAAAACGGAAUCACAAAUUGAACUGUUAUCAACAGUUGAUCAAACGAGAAAAAAAGGCAAGAGAGAUGAUCCAAAGAAAGGCGAAAAGGAGAGACUGAAACGACUGGAUGACUUAAGGAAGCAUUUGGAACGGAUCAGGUUUCAUGUGUCAAAAUUAGAAGUUUGUAUGAGACUUGUUAAUAAUGAAACAUUAGAAAGUAGAAAAGUAAUUGAUUCAUUGAAAGAACCCUUUGAAAUGUAUAUUGAAUCAUUGGAUCCCGAAAGUGAAAACGAUCCUGAAUCAUUUGAUCCCGAAACUACAGAAAAACUUGAAUGA